AUGAGUAAUAUACCACACUCGACUCAAUUAAGAAAAAAAUUACCCAGUAAUUUCAAAGAUUGUUCUCAAGAUGAUUUGUUAAUCAUGAUAUCAAGGAUGUUGAUAUCUCUAAUCAACAUGAAUGAUUCGCUACCUUUACCUUCAUCACAAAACUUGACAAGAUUUCAUUCCAGAGCUCCCCCAUUGAUAUCAGUUUACGAUUAUUUAAAUCGGCUAACCAAAUAUAAUUCAUUGGAAAAUUCAAUAUUACUAACUUCAAUCUACUAUAUUGAUUUAUUAACAUCAGUUUAUCCUAAUUUCAAUCUAAACUCCCUAACGGUCCAUAGGUUUUUAUUAACAGCUAUAACUAUUGGCUCAAAGGGUCUAUGCGAUUUCUUUUGCACUAACAAACAUUAUGCAAAAAUUGGAGGUGUAACGAUAAACGAAUUAAACAUCUUGGAAAUUGAAUUUUUAUCAAAACUAGACUGGAAAGUUGUUCCUAAAAAUAUC